UGCAUGGAGUUUUGCUGAAACUGCUGCGGAAACUACUGGGUGCGUUGACAGCCUACUUAUCCUUUGGUUGAACACCUCCCCAGUUCUGCUCAGUUGUGACUUUUCUCCUUCCUUGAAGAGUUUCUAUUUCCCAGUUACCAGACACCAUGGCUUGGAACGGAUGUAGAAAUUGUUCAUAGCUGAUGGGUCAAGAAGAGGAUUCUUGUUCACCAUGUUGACUCCUGCGCUUGAGGAGUAAGUGAGUUCUUCUCCACUGUGGAUCUUCAUAGAAGCUGUUGAGCCAUGCCCUGCCAGCGUCGCCUACGGGCAACCAGUGACACACCCCGAGAAGACCUCUUCUAUCAAACCUAUUAUUGCUUGAGCCAACAGUACCCUCUGAUUCUUCUUCUCUUGGUUAUCGUGCUGAGCAUCUGUGUGGCUCUCAUUGCUACUACCUUUACCAGUGGUAGGGAUUUCUCCUCCAACUUGGCUUUCCUGAUUACGUUAUUCAUUGCUCUGCUUCUCUUCAGCCUCAUCUUGGUCUUUGUGUGCAUGGAAAACAUCUUCCAGAGAUGUACCCGCCUCUUCUCGGCUGCCAUUUGGACUUGUCUGAUCACAAUUGGUUAUGUAUUCAUCUUUGUUGAUGGAGUGGUUUGCGCUUGGGACCAGGUCUCCUUCUUCCUCUUCAUAAUCUUCAUUGUCUACACCAUGUUGCCUGUUGGCAUGAAAGACGCAGUAGUUGCUGGUAUCGUAGCUUCUCUCUCACACAUCAUAGUUCUGAGUAUCUACCUCUCAAUGGGCAACAGUUCACAUUCACAACUGGCUGUGCAGCAAUUGGCCAAUCUGGUCAUCUUUGUCUGUGGCAACUUGGUGGGUGCCUAUCACAAGCAUUUGAUGGAGGUGGCUCUGGGUGAGACAUUCCAUGAGACCUUCAACCUCAUCCAAUCUCGAGUUAAGCUGGAAUCAGAGAAGCGACACCAGGAACAUUUGCUCCUCUCCAUCCUUCCUGCUUACAUUGCCUUGGAGAUGAAGACUGAGAUCAUUGAGCGGCUCCGGGAUGGAGGCCAGCCCCAACGCCAGCAUGAAAGUGCCAACAAUUUCCACAACCUUUAUGUCAAGAGGCACCAGAAUGUCAGCAUCCUCUAUGCAGAUAUUGUUGGCUUCACACUUUUGGCCAGUGAAUGUUCUCCCAAAGAGCUAGUAUUGAUGCUCAAUGAACUCUUUGGCAAGUUUGAUCAGAUUGCCAAGGAUAAUGACUGCAUGAGGAUCAAGAUCUUAGGAGAUUGCUACUAUUGUGUGUCUGGAUUGCCUGUAUCUUUGCCAAACCAUGCCCAGAACUGCGUCAAGAUGGGACUUGAUAUGUGUCGGUCCAUCAAGAAGCUGCGUGAUGCCACCGGAGUGGACAUCAAUAUGAGAGUUGGAGUCCAUUCGGGAAAUGUCUUGUGUGGGGUGAUUGGUCUCCAAAAGUGGCAAUAUGAUGUCUGGUCUGAUGAUGUGACAUUAGCCAAUCACAUGGAGGCAGGAGGCGUGCCAGGGAGAGUUCACAUCACAGAAGCUACCUUGUCACACCUGGGUGGAAUGUACACUGUGGAGGAAGUUUGCUGUGUACGAGACUCUUACUUGAGGGAGAACCGCAUCAAGACCUUCUUAGUUGUUGAUCCCAGAGUAAGGAGCUUCCAAACAAUUUUAUACAUCAUUUACAAUGUGUUUGACAAGUGCCGUGCCCCCAGGAGUCCAGAUGAAGACUUGGAAGGUGUGGAUGAGAAGUUCUUCCAACUGAUUGAACAGCUGAAUUCCCAGAAGCAAUGGAAGAAAUCUGAAGAUUUCAACUGCAUCACAUUGUACUUCAAGCAGGAAUCUUUGGAGAAGGAGUACCGCCUCUCACCACUGCCAUCUUUUAAUUACUAUACGGCCUGCAGCUUCCUUGUCUUCGUUUCCAACUUUCUCAUCCAGAUCCUUGUCGUUUAUAAAACAAAAGCACUGGGGAUCUCCUAUGGAAUUUCUUUCUUCCUGUUUCUCCUCCUCCUUCUCACCUGCUUUGCUGGUCACCUGGCGAAAUGUUUCCUGAAAGGUCCCAAGAUCUUGUAUUGGAUUCCAUCCAUCUUGGCCAAUGUUUGCACUCAACCAUGGCUACGUGUCUCCUUGGGCAUCAUCACCAUUCUUGUGGUUCUCACAAUGUCAGUGUUGAACUUGUUCUUUAUGCCAGAAACCUCACGCUUUGUGAAACUUGAAAAUUCUACCUUAUCAAGCAUGAAUACUGUACAGGAAUUCUCUUGGUUUAACUCCCUCUUCAGUGUGCCGUAUUAUAUCUACUGCUGUGUCCUAGGAUUCCUCUCAUGUUCCCUCUUCCUCCACAUGAACUUCGAGCUCAAGUUGACCAUGCUGAUACUUUGCCUUGUUGUCUACAAUGUGCUGUUCCUUCACACCCAUUCCUGGCUCUCUGACUGCUAUGUCUCUCAGCUCUACCGUAACCAAACUGCACUCAGACCUGGGGUACUAAAGGAGCCGAAGGUGAUGGGAGCAUUCUCAUUCUUUGUUUUCUUCUUCACCCUCUUGGGUCUGGCUAGACAGAAUGAGUAUUACUGCCGCUUAGAUUUUCUCUGGAAAAAGAAGUUCAAGAAAGAACGCGAAGAGAUUGAAACCAUGGAGAAUCUCAACCGAGUCCUGCUGGAAAAUGUUCUCCCAGCUGAUGUAGCUCAGCAGUUCAUUCGCCAGAACCGGUGCAAUACGGAUCUCUAUCAUCAAUCUUAUGAUUGUGUCUGUGUUCUCUUUGCUUCGAUCCCGGACUUCAAAGAAUUUUAUUCUGAAUCUAAUGUCAACCAUGAAGGACUUGAAUGCCUCCGACUGCUCAACGAGAUCAUUGCUGACUUUGAUGAGCUCCUUCUGAAACCCAAGUUCAGUGGAGUUGAGAAGAUCAAAACCAUUGGCAGCACUUACAUGGCAGCUACUGGCUUAAAUGUGGCAGCUGGUCAGGAUAACCAACAGGACACUGAGCGGACCUACACCCACCUGGGAACCAUGGUGGAGUUUGCCAUGGCUUUGGUAGCCAAGUUGGACAUUAUCAACAAACAUUCGUUCAACACUUUCAAACUCCGUGUGGGUAUAAAUCAUGGACCAGUUGUGGCUGGGGUCAUCGGAGCACAGAAACCCCAAUAUGAUAUUUGGGGAAACACUGUGAAUGUAGCCAGUCGAAUGGAGAGCACAGGAGUUCUGGGAAAAAUACAGGUCACAGAAGAGACAGCUAAAGCUUUGGAGACAUUGGGCUACACUUGCUCCCUUCGUGGAGUUAUCAAGGUCAAGGGCAAAGGUGAACUAAGAACUUACUUUGUCUGCACGGAAACAGCCCGUUCUUCCUCCCAAGCACCAAUGUUGAGCUAAAUCUCAUGGGAUGAAAUUGAGACUCUCGAGGGUUGGAAUUCUUGGUGAAUUCCUCCUGGUACUUGGGAGCAGAGGUGGCUUAUUUUAACAGACCUUUCUGGUUCUGUUGGAAGAGGCACUUUCCAUGAAAAUUGGGAGAGACAGAUCCUAAGGAAGUCCCAUUUUGCCUUGUAUGAGGAAACCUCUAGCUCCAUCACCACAGCGAACCCAUGUUUAAUUCAAGUCAGCAGAAGUGACCCACUAAGAGCAUUUGUGAUCCUCUCAAAAAGACAAGUUGGAACUUUCUCCUGAUCUGAAGAAAGCUGGAAUUCUCCAAUCAACCUGAAGGCAACGGAUCCUCCGUGUUCUACAUGUUUGCUAAUAUGUGGUGCUUGAUGAUGAUUUGUUCACAAUGUUCUUUCAAUCUGGUCUGUACUGCUAUUACCAAUCCACAACCACCAUGUUCAGAAGUCCUUUAAACUCAACCCACUCUCAAACAAAAUUGAGGAUCAGCUUCACAGAGCCUCUAAAGAUUGAGCGCAUGGCAUUGGUGACAUUAUGGGAUGUGCAGAUAUCGCAACAGGCAGGUCACAUUUAGAGUUAAGGAUAAUUUGAGAAUGAAGGCAGUAGAGAAGUUAUUAUUCUACUGGUAUUACUGGGGUAUUUUCUAGUUGCAUAGAGCUGGUUGGAUAUUGACUCAGAUAUAUCUGAUGGAAGUAGAUUGGCAAUUUUUUUUUAGGUCAACUUCCUGCUUGGUGCCCCAGCAACGCUUCCUUCUUUUGUGGUUUGUGUGUUUUGCAAUGCUGGCAUAUGUUUGCCUGGCUAAGCAAUUCAUGUGGUUAAAGGAGCUUAACAACUAAGGGGAUCUCCUUGCUCCCUCCCCCCGCUCUCUCUUUCUUUCUUUCUUUCUUUCUUUCUUUC